AAAGUUUUGAGCGGUGAUCCAGGCUCCUCCCUCCGGCUCGGCGAAGCAGGGAAGGGGAGAGAAGCAGGAGUCGGGAGACUGCACAGGCCAGAAAGUGCGGAGCGGGCGGCGCCCCUGGCCCGCCCGGGCUCAAAGUCCCGCGUCGCCGCCCUGGCGGGGACGGUGCAGCAGACGGCGGGAUGCGGCGGGGCGGCAGCCUGAGCGCCCCGGAUGGCCCGCGGCGGGGCGGCCUGCAAGAGCGACGCGCGGCUGCUGCUGGGGCGGGACGCGCUGCGGCCGGCGCCCGCGCUGCUGGCCCCCGCCGUGCUGCUGGGCGCCGCGCUCGGCCUGGGCCUCGGCCUCUGGCUUGGCUGCCGCGCGGGCCGCCAGCGCACGCGACACCAGAAAGACGACACUCAAAAUCUGCUCAAGAAUUUGGAGUCUAAUGCACAGACCCCCUCGGAAACUGGCUCCCCAUCGAGGAGGAGGAAGAGAGAAGUGCAGAUGUCGAAGGACAAGGAAGCUGUUGAUGAAUGUGAGCCGCCUUCCAACAGCAAUAUCACAGCAUUCGCCCUGAAGGCCAAAGUCAUCUACCCCAUCAAUCAGAAGUUCCGGCCUCUGGCCGAUGGCUCCUCCAACCCGUCUCUGCAUGAAAACUUAAAGCAGGCUGUUUUGCCGCACCAGCCGGUAGAGGCCUCUCCUUCCAGCAGCCUGGGGAGCCUGAGCCAGGGUGAGAAGGACGACUGCAGCUCCUCAUCCAGCGUCCACUCGGCCACCAGCGAUGACAGGUUUCUCAGCCGCACCUUCCUCCGGGUGAACGCCUUCCCUGAGGUGCUGGCCUGCGAGAGUGUAGACGUUGACCUGUGUAUCUACAGCCUUCACUUAAAAGACCUGCUGCAUUUGGACACGGCACUGAGGCAGGAAAAGCAUAUGAUGUUUAUUCAGAUUUUUAAAAUGUGCCUCCUUGACCUUCUUCCUAAAAAGAAGUCAGAUGAUGAAUUAUACCAGAAGAUCCUUUCAAAACAAGAAAAUGAUUUGGAGGAACUAGAAAAGGGACUUCAGGUCAAACUGUCAAACACAGAAAUGUCGGGGGCUGGUGACUCUGAGUACAUCACCCUGGCUGAUGUGGAAAAGAAGGAGAGAGAAUACUCUGAACAGCUAAUCGAUAAUAUGGAAGCUUUCUGGAAACAGAUGGCAAACAUCCAGCACUUUCUUGUGGACCAGUUUAAGUGUUCCAGCUCCAAAGCCCGACAGCUCAUGAUGACUCUGACGGAAAGAAUGAUUGCAGCCGAAGGGCUAUUGUGCGAUUCUCAGGAGCUGCAGGCUCUGGACGCCCUGGAGAGGACGAUGGGGCGGGCACACAUGGCAAAAGUGAUUGAGUUUCUGAAGCUGCAAGUCCAGGAGGAGACCAGGUGCCGGCUGGCUGCCAUCUCCCACGGCCUGGAGCUGCUGGCUGGUGAGGGGAAGCUGUCCGGGCGGCAGAAGGAGGAGCUGCUCACGCAGCAGCACAAGGCCUUCUGGCAGGAGGCAGAGCGCUUCAGCCGGGAGUUUGUCCAGCGAGGCAAAGACCUGGUCAAGGCGUCUCUGGCUCACCAGGUGGAGGGAACGGCAAAACUCACGCUGGCCCAAGAGGAGGAACAGAGAAGCUUCCUGGCUGAGGCCCAGCCGACUGCUGACCCGGAAAAGUUUCUCAAGGCUUUUCAUGAGGUCCUGGAGAGGCAGAGGCUGAUGCAGUGUGACCUGGAGGAAGAGGAGAAUGUCAGAGCCACCGAGGCUGUAGUUGCACUCUGCCAGGAGCUGUACUUCAGCACCGUGGACACUUUCCAGAAGUUCGUGGAUGCCCUGUUCCUUCAGACGCUCCCUGGCAUGACUGGCCUCCCCCCGGAAGAGUGUGACUACUUGAGGCAGGAAGUCCAGGAGAACGCUGCCUGGCAGCUGGGGAAGUCAGAUCGCUUCCGGAGGCAGCAGUGGAAAGUCUUCCAGGAGCUCCUAGAGCAAGAGCAGCAGGUGUGGAUGGAGGAGUGUGCGCUGUCCAGCGUGCUGCAGACACACCUGCGGGAGGACCACAAGGGCACCAUCCGCGGCGUCUUGGGCCGACUGGGCGGCCUCACUGAAGAGUCCACGCGGUGUGUCCUGCAGGGGCAUGACCUGCUGUUGUGCUCGGCCCUCCGGAGGCUGGCACUCCGCGGCAACGCCCUGGCCACCCUGACGCAGAUGCGGCUAUCGGGGAAGAAGCACCUCCUGCAGGAGCUGCGGGAACAGCGUGCACUGGAGCAGGGGUCCUCCCAGUGCCUGGACGAGCAUCAGUGGCAGCUGCUCAGGGCCCUGUCCUUUCCCUCCCAGGAGGCGCGUGUGCUGGAGGAGGCCAGCCGGUUGGAGGAGGAAGCACAGCAGACACGGCUGCAGCUCCUGCAGCGGCUCCUGGCCGAGGCCCAGGAGGUGGGGCAGCUUCUGCAGCAGCACGUGGAGUGCGCCAUUGGGCAGGCGCUGCUGGUGCACGCACGGAAUGCAGCCACCAAGAGCCGGGCCAAGGACAGGGAUGACUUCAAGAGGACACUGAUGGAGUCAGCAGUGGAGAGCGUCUACGUGACCAGCGCUGGUGUCAGCCGCCUGGUGCAGGCGUAUUACCAGCAAAUCGGAAGGAUCAUGGAGGACCACGAGGAGAGAAAACUGCAGCACCUGAAGACCCUGCAGGGUGAGAGGAUGGAAAAUUACAAACUGCGGAAAAAGCAAGAACUCAGCAACCCUUCGUCGGGCAGCAGGACGGCAGGUGGCGCUCCUGAGACCUCCCAGGCGGUCCACCAGAGGAUGCUGUCCCAGCAGAAGAGGUUCCUGGCCCAGUUCCCAGUGCACCAGCAGAUGCGUCUGCACGCCCAGCAGCAGCAGGCAGGAGUCAUGGACCUUCUGGAAGCCCAGCUGGAGACCCAGCUACAGGAAGCUGAACAGAACUUCAUCUCCGAGCUGGCAGCCUUGGCCCGAGUGCCCCUUGCUGAAAGCAAACUGUUCCCUGCUAAGCGUGGGCUGCUGGAGAAGCCCCUAAGGACUAAAAGGAAGAAGCCCCUGCCCCGGGAAAGAGGGGACCUGGGGGUGCCCAAUGAUGAGGACCUUGCCUCCGGGGACCAGACCUCAGGCUCACUCAGCAGCAAAAGGCUGAGUCAGCAAGAAAGUGAAGCUGGGGACAGUGGGAACUCAAAGAAGAUGCUAAAGAGAAGAAGCAACUUGUAGUUUAAGACCAGUCAGUGGGACAGGACCUGAAGCCCUGGGUCUGGGUGUGAAUUCCGCCUUCCCUCCUGCAGUGCUGAGAGGCAGCGAGGACGGAGAGGACAGCGGCAUCUCUAGGCUCUUCUGAGAGGGACAGAGAAAGAAUAGAAAUGUGCCCUAAAAGCAUAAAUGAGUAUCUCCUGAGAAAAUUAGGCAUUCCCGUCUUGGAAACACGUCUCUGUGAGUUUGCAUUUCAUUUGGCUUGGAGCCCUGGCUCGAUGCCUCAUGGAUCUUUCUCCCCCAGGAGGGACAUCUUGAGGGGUCCGAGCCUCAGGCCAAGGACCCCUGAUGCAGACUCUGGAAUCCCUGGCCCAAAGGCCUGUCCGGGCCCAUCUGGGGCUGAGGACACACAGAUACAUAAUGACACCUGCAGAAAUGUAUUCUCUGAGGACACUUAGAAUAUGAGGAAGAGGGUGUGGCCCAACCCUCACUUCACCUGGGGAGGGGCUUCUUCCGAACAGUAGACACCCUGCCCCUGCAGAGAGAUGUCAUGGGGGCACCUGCUCUCCCUGAUAGAUGCUGAGAGCAUCCAGAAACUUGCAGACCAGCCCUCUCACCACACCCAGAAGAGGCCUUUCCCAUCUGGAGAGAAGCUUCCAGACCAGCCCUUCACACACCACAGCCAGGAGGGGCUGUUCCCACCUGGAGAGAAGCUUCCAGACCAGCCCCACACACCACAGCUAGGAGAGGCCAUUCCAACCUGGAGAGAAACUUCCAGACCAGCCCCUCACACCACAGCCAGGAGGGGCCUUUCCCACCUGGAGAGAAACUUCCAGACCAGCCCCUCAUACCACAGCCAAGAGGGGCCUUUCCCACCUGGAGAGAAACUUCCAGACCAGCCCCGCACACCACAGCCAGGAGAGGCCUUUGCCACCCGGAGAGAAACUUCCAGACCAGCCCCUCAUACCACAGCCAAGAGGGGCCUUUCUCACCUGGAGAGAAAUUUCCAGACCAUCCCCUCUCACCACAGCCAGGAGAGGCCUUUCCCACCGGUAGAGAAACUUCCAGACCAGCCCCUCACACCACAGCCAAGAGAAGCCUUUCCGGCCUGGAGAGAAACUAACAGACCAGCCCUCUCACUACAGCCAGGAGAGGCCUUUCCCGCCUGGAAACUUCCAGACAAGUCCCUCACACACCACAGCCAGGAGAGGCCUUUCCCAUCUGGAGAGAAACUUCCAGACCAGCCCCUCUCACCACAGCCAGGAGAGGCCUUUCCCACCUGGAGAGAAGCUUCCAGACCAGCCCCUCACACCACAGCCAGGAGAGGCCUUUCCCGCCUGGAGAGAAGCUUCAGACCAGCUCCUCACACCACAGCCAGGAGAGGCCUUUCCACCUGGAGAGAAACUUCCAGACCAGCCCUUCACACCACAGCCAGGAGGGGCCUUUCCCACCUGGAGAGAAACUUCCAGACCAGCCCCGCACACCACUGCCAGGAGAGGCCUUUGCCACCUGGAGAGAAACUUCCAGACCAGCCCCUCAUACCACAGCCAAGAGGGGCCUUUCUCACCUGGAGAGAAAUUUCCAGACCAUCCCCUCUCACCACAGCCAGGAGAGGCCUUUCCCACCGGUAGAGAAACUUCCAGACCAGCCCCUCACACCACAGCCAAGAGAAGCCUUUCUGGCCUGGAGAGAAACUAACAGACCAGCCCUCUCACUACAGCCAGGAGAGGCCUUUCCCGCCUGGAAACUUCCAGACAAGCCCCUCACACACCACAGCCAGGAGAGGCCUUUCCCACCUGGAGAGAAACUUCCAGACCAGCCCCUCUCACCACAGCCAAGAGAGGCCUUUCCCGCCUGGAGAGAAACUUCCAGACCAGCCCCUCACACCACAGCCAGGAGAGGCCUUUCCCGCCUGGAGAGAAGCUUCAGACCAGCUCCUCACACCAUAGCCAGGAGAGGCCUUUCCCACCUGGAGAGAAACUUCCAGACCAGCCCCUCAUACCACAGCCAAGAGGGGCCUUUCUCACCUGGAGAGAAACUUCCAGACCAGCCCCUCUUACCACAGAUAGGAGAAGCCUUUCCCGCCUGGAGAGAAACUUCCAGACCAGCCCUCUCACUACAGCCAGGAGAGGCCUUUCCUGCCUGGAGAGAAACUUCCAGACCAGCCCUCUCACUACAGCCAGGAGAGGACUUUCCUGCCUGGAGAGAAACUUCCAGACCAGCCCCUCACACACCACAGCCAGGAGAGGCCUUUCCCGCCUGGAGAGAAACUUCCAGACAAGCCCCUCACACACCACAGCCAGGAGAGGCCUUUCCCGCCUGGAGAGAAGCUUCAGACCAGCCCCUCACACCACAGCCAGGAGAGGCCUUUCCCACCUGGAGAGAAACUUCCGGACCAGCCCCUCACACCACAGCCAGGAGAGGCCUUUCCCACCUGGAGAGAAACUUCCGGACCAGCCCCUCACACCACAGCCAGGAGAGGCCUUUCCCACUGGGAGAGAAACUUCCAGAGCAGCCCUCUCACUACAGCCAGGAGAGGCCUUUCCCACCGGGAGAGAAGCUUCCAGACCAGCCCCUCACACCACAGCCAGGAGAGGCCUUUCCCGCCUGGACAGAAGCUUCAGACCAGCUCCUCACACCAUAGCCAGGAGAGACCUUUUCUGCCUGGAGAGAAACUUUCAGACCAGCCCCACACACCAGAGCCAGGAGAGGCCGUUCCUGCCUGGAGAGAAGCUUCCAGACCAGCCCUUCACACCACAGCCAGGAGAGGCCUUUCCCACCUGGAGAGAAACUUCCAGACCAGCCCCUCUCACCACAGCCAGGAGAGGCCGUUCCCACCUGGAGGGAAAAUUGCUCCUUUGAUGGAGGUUAGGGACUGUCACCCUCAGCACUGUGAACAUACCGGGCGAGAUCAUUCUUCAGGGGAAGGAGCUGCCCAGAGCAUCACAGGAUGUUCCAGUGUCCCUGGCCUCUGCCCACCAGAUGCCAGCACUCCCACCAUUCGUGGCAACCAAGGAUGUCUCCAGACACUGCCCCGUGUCCAUGGGGUUAUCACCCACUGCGCUGAGUCAAAGGGUGCCUGCCCUGGUCUAAUCCAGGACAUAGCCCUGGAUACGUCCACAAAUCCCCAGAACCUAGUGAGCCCUCUGGCUCUGGGAGCCCCUAUCUCAGGAAUUUUCAGGGCCAUUUGUGACUUUUCAUUUCUUAAAACCUGAAAUAGACUCUCUUAGAAACAAGUGACUCCUUCCCAGUGGCCAAAACUUAAUCAUCAGCGCGCUUCCUUCAGUUCCUCACCCAUCAGCCAGUGGGCUCUCCAAAGUUAACCAACAGCUCCCUCUUGUGGUUCACUAAAAAACUUCGUUAUUCCAUGGAGUUGUGCAAAGCUGUGGCUUCCUUGGUGCAAUAUUCUUAAAACCUGCUUUGCAUAGAAAUCACUUCUCUUUUUUUUUUUUUUUUUUUUUUUUUUUGAGACAGAGUCUUGCUCUUUCACCCAGGCUGGAGUGCAGUGGCGUGAUCUCGGCUCAUGGCAAUCUCCACCUCCCGGGUUCAAGCGAUUUUCCUGCCUCAGCCUCCCCAGUAGCUGGGACCACAGACGUGUGCAACCACGCCCGGCUAAAUGUUUUUUGUAUUUUAUUUUAGUAGAGACGGGGUUUCACCAUACUGGCCAGGCUGCUCUCGAACUCCUGACCUCAUGAUCCACCCGCCUCGGCCUCCCCAAAGUGCUGAGAUUAGCCGUUAGCCACCACGCCCAGCCAGAAAUCACUUUUAUAUUGUCACGUGGGCCCUCUGCACAGAGCCCGAUGGCUCCUCCCGGGGAAGCCUGAUUUUGUGACGUGUGUAUAGUAAAUGCAGGCCCUCUGGCAGCACCAUAAUUGGUCGGUUACCCUGAGCCCAGAGCUCUGAAAGCAUCUGUGGAAUGAUCACGGGACCCUUCUCCUCUGAGAAGGCUCCCCGCUGCCUCCCCGCCACCGAGCUUGUAGCGUGACUGCCUGGCUGUUGCAUGGAGCAUUUUGCUUCUGGGGUGUCUUCCUUAGCCAGAGGGAACGUGUCAUUUGCUCGACCCUGGCCCACCCUUGCCGCCCAGCUGUUGUGCUGGGCACAGUCUGGGGCACAGGCCUCCAUGAUGAAGACGCGUGGGCUGUCGGUGCUUUCAUCCGUCACAAACUGGCACCUGUACCUGCCAGCAAGAGCAUGAUGGGGACUUCCAUGCUGGAAUUGCUCCCUGAUUAAAAUGAGAUAUGGCUAUUUGGAAGACACUGCAUUUUAGCCAGUGUACCUGGGCACAGACUCGGGGCCGCCCUGAAGCUGAUGAAGGCUUGAAGGACGGAAGGGCUGAGCCACAUGAAGGCAACACUCAGGGCCAGGGGAGAGAGAAGAGGAUCAGCAGUGCGGCCCCAGGACGCCUCGCAGACGUGCCUUCUGCCAUGAUUGUGAGGCCUCUCCAGCCACGUGGAACUGACUCUGCAGAGUCCCCACCAGCAAGAAGGCUCUCACCAGAUGCACCAGCACCACCCCAACCUUGGACUUCUCAGUCUCAAAAUCUGUAAGAAAUGAAUUCCUUUUCUUUAUAAAUUACCCCAUCUCAGGUAUUCAGUUACAGUGAUGCAAAAUGGACUAAGACAGAAAAUUGGUAACAGAAGUGGGGUCCACAGAACUAGCACACACUACAAACAAGGGCUUUCUACCCCACCCACCUUCACCCAUUGUUCAACAUUGAUUUGGCAGCACACUUCUGGACCACUGAAUCAGAAGGGUCAAUCACCUGACUUACAACAAAGGCCCCACUGCAUCUUAAUGGGGGAAAGAAUAGUCUUUGCAAUAAAUGGUGUUGGGUCAAUGGGAGAUCAUAUGGGAAAUGUAGAACCUUCAGUCCUACCUUAUAUUGUACAUAAAGAUUAUUGAGAGAUGGCUCGUAGACCUAAAUGUGAAAGAUAAAACUUCUAGAAAAAACCCAGAAGACUACUGUGGUAGGCAGAAUAACGCUCCUGGUCCCUGCCAACAAGAUGACCACAUCCUAAUCCCUGGGCCUGUGAGUAUGUUAUGUCACAUGGCUGGGAGAAUUGGGUUGCAGAUGAAUGAAUGAGAAUAGCCUUCCCCUAAAACUUUCUGAGAAACUCUCUCUCCUUCCUCCCAAAAUCUCAAGAGGUAAAAGGAAGUCACAUGCCUUAAAAGGAGUGUUGCAGCUCAGUCUCCAAGAACUAAGGAUUAUCUGAGCUACCAGGUCUCCUGUCCCCUGUAACUGUGCCUCUUGGAGGCGCUGGGGAACCCAAAGUUCGACAUGGGCUCUAGAUUAUGCUGGUUGGACAGUGGCUCCCAUGACCUGGGAGUCAGGCAAGCACCCCAUCAGAGUCUGUCUUAGAGAAGGUGCUAGGGCUGCUUCUGCUUCCACUUCCACCCUGACAGGACUGAGGAGGCCAGGCCCAGAGAACAGGCUGGAUAACUUCAUCCUGCCAACUUUACUUUUCUGGAAGUUUCCCUUUAAUAGUCCAAAUGGGCCAAAGCCGAACAUCAAAAAUCCUUACCAUCCGUUCUUGGUCUUUCCAUCCAAAAAUCCUUACCAUCCAUUCUUGGUCUUUCUCAGUAGUUAGUUAACCUUGUUUCAAGGAAGUCUGUAACUGACCCUGAGCCAACACUUCUUUAAACCUUAACGAAGGUAUCCACACGAAGCUGAGGAGUGGGGGAGGAGAAGGACACAUGAAAAGCACUGCGUUGAUGUGGGACCAGAGCAUCCAAAGCCAUCUGCCUCAAAUGCCCUUGGAGCUCAGUAAUUAGGAGCAAGGAGCUUUGGACUAGGGCCCAAAGUGCCUGGGUCCUGGAUUCAAAUCCUGGUUCCAUCACUUCCUAAGUGUGUGAUCCUAAACAAGUUAUUGAUCUCACUCUGAGUCAGUUUCCUCAUCUGUACAACGGGGAUAAUAAUCCCUACCUCAUGGAGCACCUGGCAUAUAGCAAGUGCUAUACCGAUAUUAGCCAUGUAUUUGUUGUCAUUACCAGCAACUUCAUCACUAUCACCAACACCACCAUCAUCAUCACCACUCUCACCAUCAUCACCAUCACCACCAUCAUUACUGUCACCACCAUCAUGGUCAUCACUAUUACUAACAGCUAAUGGAAGCAAGCAACUUUGCCUGAUGUUUUUAUCCCUCCUUUAGUGUAUCUCUAGCUCACGGAAAUGGAAGGAAGAAAUGUGAAGUUUAGGAGAUUGGAGCUUCCAGUCUGAGGCUGAUCCAUACAAUACAAGAAGAAAGAGAGCCAGGAAAGGCCAAACAGGAGGGAAUCAAUGCAAGAUUUGAGCCUAUUUUGUGGAAGCCCGCCCAUCAUCAGCCGUCUUCCCUCUCUUCGCCUCCUUGGGUCUCAGGAACUCAGCCUUCAGAAGUCAUGAACUGAAUCUCUCCUCCCACCCCCACAUCCACCAGUCUCUACCAAGAGUGAGUCCUCAGGAAGCAGCCACCACCAUUCGUUAUCACGCGGGGGGACUGCCAAGCAUUCGUACCCAAUCCAGAUACCACCACUGAAAUGAAAGUGCCCUAGUCAGGUCAGUGGGCAGUUCAUUUUCUUUAUUUUUUCACAAGCUUUGAAUUCAGAAAUAAGAGCCACAACAAGUUGGUUGUUAAGUAAAAAUGGGAGUGAUUACAAAGGAAAACUUUGUACAAAACUUUAAAAAUCUGACUGCCCCGUCAACUGCCUCAGAGGGACCAGGACUCAGGCCACGCAGGGGCAGCCAUCACCCCCCCAUCGUCAGCCCUGAAUGGGGAUGGGGAGACCUCUUUCUGAGUGUGAACCUGGCUCGGCCUGAAGCCUAGAGCUGGCUUGAAGAACACACACAGACCAGAAGACAGCACGGUGAGUUACAAGUGCCACGGAGACCAGGGUUUCUGACACAGGAUGUGGAGGAUGCUUCUCUGCAACCUAGUGCAAGGCUUCCCCUGCCAUUCCGAGAAUUCACGGAUCUCACAGGUGGAGGUGGGGCGAGCUUCUUUCUAGUGUGGACCAGAGGUGGGGGCAAUGAGUAAACAUCUUCACUGUAAGGGUUUUGGGACUGCCCCUCAGGGCUUGAGGUCUCGGCAUCGUGUCUCAGUCAGUCCUUGGCGAUGUCCCCUCAGACGCACUCACAGACUUGCAUACGUAAUUUAGUAACAUGCAUCAACUAUCCUAGAACAUCUACAGGGUGCAAAGGAACCACCACUCAGAGAAUCAUGGAGCCAGUGGAGUUAGAAGUGGAAGGGACAGAACAAGACAAUGCUAAAACCUGUGGUUCACUAGGAAGGGGGAAUGAAAACACCAUGCUCCGAGGUGGAUUCAGCAUGAACACAACUGUGGGGCAAGGAAUUUCCAAGCAAACACACCACACUAGUACCACUUCUUCCUAAACAGAAAAGGGAAAGAGCAUCCUUCGACUUCCCCCUCCCUCCAUCAGCACCAACUAAAACUGUGGGUUUCAAAAACACUGACAGGAAAAGGGAUGGACAUGAUUCCCAGAAUCCUUCAGGCUAGCUCCUCCGCGCAUCUGCGUUCAACCGAGGCUGGUGAUGUUGGAGCGGCCACCAGGGGGCGCCACGAUGCGGUGGCCGGUGCGCCUGGGAUUGUUGUCAUCUAUCUGGGCACCUGAAAGAGAGCGCCAAUCGCUGCUGGAUGGGAUCUGUUAACAUCAGUUCCACGCUGCUCCUGGAGGCCAUGUACUCUGCCAUGCACUCCACCUUAGCAGAAGUCGUAACCCCGCCCCAUCUUCAGGUGUUCUCCACUGGACCCACCUUCAUUCAGGGCUCAGUCCAGGACCAGCCAUGGGAAGCCUCCCUGGCCUCCACAGAGUCCACUGCUCCCUCUUCUGUGCCCCUCAGUCCCUGGGCUCUCCCUCCUUCAGCCCUGACCACCUUGUGGUGGUCUUGUCAAAAUCCCCAGUAAAAUCCGACAUUCCUGAGACAGGUGAUCAAACACUUACUGAGUGCCUACUGUGUGCAGGCACACAUUUGGUGCUUUAACAUGUUACUGCAUUUAGGGCACACAAUCAUACUAUGAAGGGGGGUGUUUGUACUCCCAACUUACGGGUGAGCAAUUUGAGGUUCAGGCCACGUGUCUUGGAGGACACAGGUGUUGGGUGGGGAAGCCAGGAUUGAAGCCCAAACUGGUUGGUUUUCAAAGCCCAUGAUCUUAGGCACAGUGUCCCACACUCCAAAAGUAUUUUACUUAUUGUGUGUGUACACAUUUGUAUAUGCAUGUGCAUAUGUGUGUGCACGUGCAUGUGAACUCCGCAAGCUGGAUUUACUUCCCUCAUUGGCAAUAGGUGGAUCUGAAGGGGGGUGUGGUGUGCAGAGGUUCUUAAUUUUAAUCUUUCAAAACCAACCAUCCAUUCUAAUUUUACGUAUUCUCUUGCAUAAAGAUGUAAAAUUCUAGCAGCAAACCCAGUGCCUGGAGCUCAACAAAUAUUUAUUAAAUGAGUAAAUCAUGAAGGGUGGAUAAUGCUGAAAGGUGGGAAGUAUAGAGUCCUUAUCAGGGAGGGGAAGUUGAGCUGGCGGAACUGAGGAAAAGCAAAAAGAGAAAGCAAAUAAGCUGUAAGUCUGCCUUUCUUCAUGGUCUACAACACAGCCUUCCUGCACAAAUAACUCACAGUCUUCCUGUACUCAACUUAUCACCAGACCCUCAGCUAAUAGAAAAACGUAAGAAGUAAGUUAGCUCACUGCAACCACAGCAUUAUCAGUACUGCACAAAGCCCUCUUCGGCACACAGCACAAGCACCAUCGUAUAAAAUCUCCAGCAAGCCUUUGUUUCCUUGCAGUCAGCUCCUUUCUUGCUGACCUACCCACUGUACCCUUUCAUACUUUUUCUAAUACAUCUUUCUUUACCUACAACUGUCUUGGUGAAUUUUUUUUACUAGCUGCAGAACACUGGCCCCAGAUAGUUGUCACCUGCAACAGGAAGGAGACUCAAGUUUCAGUGCUAAUCAUGCCUUGAAUUUGGGCAAUUUGGAGUAAGACACCACCCCACUCCCUUGGCCUCAUUUCCUUUUCUGCACAAUAAGAACAGUAGACUAGAUGAGCCCCUUCCAACUCCAACAUUAUAUGAUUUGUCUAUGUAAGCCACUAAGAAUUUGGUUCAGAGUAGUGACUUUUCUUUUCUCCCAUUGUUUCACUGGUAGACAAUAUGUCUUCUUGCAAUACAAGUCUCCCCUAAAGGCCUGGAAUCAGGCCUAGCACUUAGUAACUUUUUCCUUAUAACCAUCUGUACCUUGCUGGUUGCAUGUCUGUACUUUGAAAAUACCUGCUGGAAAAAAGGACACUAAUAUCGUUUGGACUUUGGUCCCCCAAAACUUCGUGUUGAAAUUUGAUCCCAAAGUUGGAGGUGGGGCCUAAUGGGAGGGGUUUGGGUCAUGAAGGACAGACCACUCAUGAAUGGCUUGGUGUCAGCCUCACAGUAAUGAGUAAAUUCUUGCUCUAUUAGUUCUCGGAAGAACUGGUUGUUAAAGAGCACCUCUGCCUUCUUCCUCUGUUGCCAUGUGAUCUCUGCACACGCUAGCUCUCCUUCGCCUUCUGCCAUGCUGGAAGUAGCCUGAGGCCCUCACCAGAAGCAGACGCUGGCACCGUGCUUCUUGUACAGCCUGCAGAGCCGUGAGCCAAGUAAACCUCUUUAAUUACCCAGCCUCAGGGCCAGACCCGAGGGUUUCUGGGCCGUGACUCUGGCUAAGCCCUUCACGGCUCUGGGCUGCAAAAGGAGGAUCACAGCACCUCCAGUGGGUGGGCAGGAUUACUUAAGAUGACGCAGGACAGCGCCCAGAGCAGCUUGGUGCUCCGGGAACGCCUUCCGCGGAAUGAAGCGGCCCAUGCCCUUGUUGACAUUGAUGUUUCCGUCUUCAAAGACGAUCUUGCCCUGGCUGAUGACCACUAGUGGGGAGCCGUGGCACUCCAUACCCUCGAAGAUGUUGUACUCCACUGCCUGCACCAACAGCCUCAGCGUUACUUCCCAGGAUUUUCUCUGCUCCAAACGAGCUGUUCAUAACAGCGAUUUUGCCUAACAUUAUAUCAUAAGCGUGUUCCAAUGUUUUUUUUCUCUCUAAAAAUACCUUUUAUUGACUGUGUAAUAUUCCACUGUAUGGUCCACAGUGUAUAUAACCAACAACUCACCGUUGCGCAUGUAGGCUGCUGGUGGCUUUCUAUAAUCACAUCAAUAUUGUUCUGGGAGGAAGGGGGUCCCCCUGGGGUUAUGCAAUGUGGCUGCUUUGACUAUACUGGACAUAAAAAUAAGUAAAAUGUUCUUUAUUUUACUUAAAAUGUCUCUUUAAAUAAAAUUUUUUUUCUCUA